AUGGCACAUCUUACACGCGAAGAGGUCCUCAAGUCAGGCGAGGUAUCCGAGGUGUACAGAAAGAAACACCAAGCAGAAAUCAUCAUCUCACCAGACUUUCAGGCUUUCGAGUCCCACCCCACAGACAUCGCUGGCGGCGACUUCUUCGCCCAACGCGCAGCUCGCGCAGACCAUCUCUCGCGUUUGCGCCAUCUCUACCCUAUCCCCGGUCCGAUCGAAGAGCAAGUUAAAGAAACCUUGCAUGAUGUGCCGACUCGAGAUGGUGCAUCUAUCCGCGUCAAAGUCUACCAGCCCGUUGCCGGUCCGCCGCAAGAUGGUAGUCCGCUCAUUAUGAUGUAUCAUGAAGGAGGCUGGAGCAUGGGCGAUUUAACGGACGAAGACAUGAAUUCACCCGAGCACAAAUUCCCCAUCGGAGUGAACGAUUGCUACGACGCCCUCCUAUGGAGUGUAAAGAAUAGUGCUAUACUCAACGCGACACCCUCACGCGGUCUUCUCGUCGGCGGCGCAUCAGCGGGAGGUAACAUCGCCGCCGUCCUCGCACUCCUCGCUCGGGACGAGAAUCUCAAACCGCCCAUCACAGGCCAAUACCUCUGCGUCCCUGCACUGCUACCAGAUACCAAUGUGCCACCCGAGCUAGCUCCUCUCUACCAAUCUCGGACACAGAGUUCCGAUGACCCCGUCUUGAAAGGUAUUCUACCCGGGUUGAUUGAGCAUGUCUACGCUCCUGAACCCAAGUCCCCUCUCUGGGACCCUUUUAACCACCCUGAUGGGCAUCGAGGUUUGGCAAAAGCUUUCUUCCAAGUCGGCGGUUUGGAUCCAUUGAGGGACGAAGCAGUGCUUUAUGAUAAGGUGCUGAGACAGAGUGGGGUGCUGACGAGGUUUGACUUGUACGCUGGGUAUGGACAUAUGUUCUGGACGAACUAUCCGGAAUUGGAGGAGAGUAAGAAGUUUGUGAGGGAUACGUUAAAGGGGGUGAGGUGGUUAUUAGAGAAGUAG